AUGCCUAUCUGGAAGGCAACAGAAGUUUGGACACAUGCUGCAGCUUUGUUUGGAGUGGAGCCCAACAAAGCAAAGGUCGACGAAGCUUGUGCCUUAGUUGGUGGAUGUGUUCGUUGGUUGCAGCGGGUGCUUGUGAAGAAGCAGGAGGCAACACAAGUAGUUGCAGAAUACAUAACUUGCAGAGAUGUCCAUCACCUGUCAACAGUUGUGAAGCAAGCGGUGUCGACUCCUGACAACAUGGUCAACCCGAGCGACAGCAGGAUGAGCUACAUGUUUCACAUUGAUUCGGAGGCAGACUUCACCAGGAAGACGAUGACGAUGAAGUUCGUUGACUCCGAAGUUGCCGUAGCCGCGCUCACAGAGAAGUUGAAGCUACACGAGCAAGAGAAGCGGUUGGAGUUCAUCACCACCUUCGUGGCUGAAGGCUUGAUGGGCUCGUUGGUCGGCAAGUUUUUUGAGAAGCACGUGAGGCACAAGCUGACAGCGGAUGGAGAGGUCCAACUGUGCUACACUCCCAUCGGAAACAAGGGCCCGAAAGAACAAAUAGUGAAGAUUCCAAGCAACCUUGAGGAGCUCAAGACGCUGGACAAGGUAGCCAAAACUGGCCUCAUUCCAGACAAGCUAUACAAUCCUUCGUCGAAGGUGUUCGCUGCAGCGGACUUGUUCUUUGUCACUGGAUCAUCGAGUCAGACACUUUGGCUGCUUCAGAUAACCAAGGCAGAGACGCACGACUGCAAGAUUGGGGCUCUCAGAGAAACCAUGACUAAGUAUUUCAGUGAUUUGAGCAAUAUCCAGUGCAUCAAGUGGAUCGUGGUAGCACCAGCAUGUAUCAACUUAAGUGCUUACAAGCGGGCUCUUCAAGUUGUUCACGGCGCGCGGACGCAUGGCACAAAGAAGUUGGACGUGGAGCAACAUGUCUCACUCUUUGACAUGAAGGCGUGA